GGGUACCGCGGCCGGGCGUCAGUCGAAUUCACGCGUUGAUCGUCGUACCAAGUGACAUUAUACUGCAGCUCAAAGAUCAUAGAAGUCAAUACUACAGUUGUAUCGCGUUGUAAAUUAUUAUACAUAAGAACACACUCACGGGCUGACUUUAUUUCAUUUAUUACACUGCACAGUGCAAUAUCAUAGUUCAUCGUGCGAGAUUAGCUUUUGCAGUAGCAUCGUGUGUACUUAGUAGGUACAUUCGUCGACAUAAUGAAGGUAUCUGCAGCGACCGCCGUCCUGGUUGCUCUGGUCGCCACCGUGCAGAGCUCGGACCCGUGUAAUAUAUCCACUUGCUAUAAGAGCGGAACGACGAAGCCACCCACGACCGUGACGCCUACUCGUCUGCCGGUGCAGUCAUCGUCUACACCAACCAGCCAUCAACAGACCACGUACGCCAAGGACCAUGUGCACAGUUCGACCGCUACCAAGUCCGGAGUUAAUACCACCGCCACGACAACUAGCGGAGCGUCGGUCAACGGCACGGAGCGAACAACUGUCGUAAAAUCUUCCUCCGGGGUAGCUGGAAACGUCACAACACCAAAGCCAACAAUGACGGAUGGGCAUGUAGCUCUAAAACAGAAGUUGAACACAAUCGCGGUAAAAUGCAAGGAUGAAUUGCACGCACCUCAGGAAAUCAUGGCACUGGUCAGUAAUACGGUGGUACCUCAGAAUGAACAGCAAAGGUGUUAUUUAGAAUGCGUGUAUAAAAAUCUUAACUUGAUCAAGAAUAACAAGUUCAGUGUGGACGAUGGCAAGGCGAUGGCUAAGAUACGUUUCGCUAAUCAACCGGAAGAACACAAGAAAGCAGUGACAAUAAUAGAGACUUGCGAAAAAGAGGCUAUUAUCGAUCCGAAAACUACUGAAAAAUGCGCAGCUGGACGAGUGAUCAGAAACUGCUUUGUUAAAAACGGAGAAAAAAUCAAUUUCUUCCCUAAAGCAUAAGUCUGGACAGAAAACGGAAAGUAUGAGUUUGAACAUUUCAACCAAACAUGGAUAUAUUAAAAAUACCUAUAAUAUUAUUAUGUAAUAAUUAAUUAUUUAAGUUAUGGUUUUUAUGAAUAAAAUGUAAUAAAAAAAAAAAAAACAUAAAAA